AUGCGCUGCGCCGACGGCUCCAAACUUCGCGCCAGUCGCGUACGUCGUCAGCGUAAUCGUGAGCAUAGUCUGGAAGAGGAUGAGCUGGAGAAGCGCUUUAGUAAAAGCGCGAGUCUGUCGCUGUCGGCGCACGUGUUCGUCCCGGCCGCAGAGCGCGUCAGCCAUGCGCCAGUCGCAGCAACUUCACCCCAGCGCUCAAUGGAGUUUGUGACGGACCGACGUGGAUCGAAUGCGUCCAUUUUAACCUCCUCUUCUGUAUCUUCUGCUGCUUCCUUUCGACGUCCAAGACGCUCGGCUACAGCUGUAGCCGCUGCUAAACUUCACAAGAACAUUACAGCCAAGACGACGCAGGAGACGAAUGAUCGACGUAAUAGCAGCAAUAUUCAUGCACCAACGAAGUCCAGACGACAGAGAUUAGGUACCAAGGGACAGACGCAAUCGUCGACCAAGGCCGCUGCAGUGACGUUGCAUGAACGACAUCGACGCAAAUUGUCGCUUACGUCGAUGGAAUUGCAGACUCAAGAGCUCCAGACUUUCGAACAGGAAGCAAAGACUGUAGUGUCUGGACAUGAUGUAGAAGAGGUAUACCCUGACACAGCAGGAAGUGCCUUCCCUCAGCAGCUCACACUCUUUAGUCAACAAAAGCGUCUGCCACAGCGAGUGGUGAGUCGCGACGAUGUUAUCGACACAAUCUUCAAGGUGCUCUUCGCUCAUACCAAUGGACGGCGCGAUCGACCACGACAGGUACUUAGUGCUUUUGGUGAUGACACAGGAACAGAUGAACCCAAUGAAGAGUUUGUCAAGAGGGGACUUGCUAAUGCGCUUUUCAAAGAUCAACUCAAUCUUCACGCACCGUCGUCGCUAUCGACUGCAGUAUCUCCGGCUGCAACAGUGGAUAGUCUUAUUACGCCGACAUUUGUGCACGCGCUCGUGAACGCACUGCGCUUUGAGGAUUUUCGCACUGCCAGCGUGCGACUCGACAUUCUACGCGCCAUCCACAAAAGCUGCCCCACCAAAAGACUACACCUCACACGAGCACUUGUUGAUGCCACAACAUUGCGCGUGGAGUACGUGACGGCAGUUGCGGCGCGUAUGCAGACGUUAGGUGUCGAGAAAACAUCGACACAAGUCAUCGCAGACCACAUACAUGACCACGGACACGGUUUCACCGAGUUGCUGCGGUACUCGAUCGAGCACAUGGAGGAGAGUUUGCUAGAGACGCCGCCUUUGGAGGGGUCGGAUGCGGCACAGGAGCAAGAGGAGCAGCAAAAGGAACUUGUGCGCAACUGCAUCGCCAGCCUCGUUUCGCUCUGGCGCGCACACUGGGUCGAUCCUGCGGGAUCCGACGACGAAGAACUCAUUACUUGUGCCGGCCAGUCCGUGGCGUACAUGCCGUCGGUCACAGGUCCACUGCUCCAGCGACUGCUGAGUGCGUGGCCUACUCGCUACCCAAAGCAAGAGGUGGGAGCUACGCGCAUGAUAGCACGAGUCCUUAUGUCUGGCCCUCCACUACAGCAAGUGGAUCCAACACUAGUGCUGCAGCGCCGUGUCUUCACACGACUGGCGCGUGCUGUACAAAGCCUGAAUGUUGAUGUAGCCAAGGAGGCGCUGGCUUUCACUGGGUGCCAAUUCGUUCUAGUGCACUUCUUGGGGCGAGAUGAAGUCAUCUACAAAACUGUGACCAAGGCACUGCAUCUCAACAUCGAGAAGCACUGGCACCAAGGCGUGCGCAAUACAUCCGCGACGAAUUUUGACCGGGCACUCGAUUUUGCGUCGUAG